AUGGCGGCCAGGAGCGUGUCCCCCGGAGGCGCGCUUCUCCGGACUUCGCGCAUGUUUGCGAUGGCAGACCCAAUCCCUCCACCACCCAUCGAGGGCGCUGCGGGCAGCUUUUUUAGCUCUACCACGGCGACAGUCGCCUUCCCGACUCACCAGGUCAUCACGACCCUUAGCUCCUCGAGGAAAUUGGGAGAUUGGGGUCUCAAGCGGCCGUUGCCCCUCAAGUCGACGACCAAGUCGUCCAACCCGAUGCUGCGCGUUAAAGCUAUCGACACGAUCGAGCAGAUCACGGACUACAGCUCGGCCACCGACCACGGCAUCACACUACGAAAGUUCCAGGAGCUUGGAAUCCCUGUUACGGCACGCCGGCCAGCCGGCGGGGACCGCCCAGAGAGCACAACUACUAUGAACCUACCACAGAUGUCCGCGUUCGAGGAAGCGCUCGAUGCUACGGAUAUCGACCCCGACAAGCGAGCUGAACUCGUGGACAUGCGGUGGAAGUUUACCGGCCCCUGGUUAGCUGGCAUGACGCAGGGCGAGUUCAACAAGUGGUUGGCGAAGGAAGUUCGACCCAAGCGACCUGCGUUCCGCCAGUUUCUGAAGAAGAAGAUCGCCAGCGAGCGCCAUGUGGCGAUAGCGAAGGAGGCCUUGGAUAAGGGGCAGGAGCAACCCCCUAUGGUGGACUCAAGCACGGUGACAGAGGACGAGCUUAUCGACUACCUUCGCAAGUUGCGGCACAACAACCAGGCGUUGUACGACAUGGUCGGCCAGUUCCUCGACCUAGCACCGCUCAUGCCUCCCGACGUCAGUCAGACGGGCCUUCCCAAGGAGAAGGUCAGGGCGCUUCAGUUCAGCGAGGUGAAAACCCCGUAUGCUGAGCGUGGUCCCCCGGUUACGCAUCCCUCGGCCGGUCUAUCGUACCUGCCCACGGGGGCCAGGAUUGGUGUGGCCGGUUUGAUCGUCAACACCGCGUUGGGUGACACGCGCUUUAAUCAGCGGAAUAACCCGGCCGCCGUCUUCGACAAGAUCGACCCCAGCGUUGAGGGUGGCGCCAAGGUGUGGGUGCAGCCCACGAGGGCGGCGGUGGACUCGGUCGGUUGCGUGGUCCUGUCGGUCAACGACGCCUCGGUGGAGGCCACCCUCGUUGCGCAGGAGUUGCUUGGCAACGCCGUUUGCCUUGGUGCAGAGCGGGCGGAGGAUGAGAUGACCAGACGCGAGACGGCCAAUGACCUGAGGCGGAGAUAUAGGGCGCCCGACUCACCUACUGCGAUGUCGAGUGCCCGGGACUACGGACUGAGCGAGUAG